GGGAAUCCUUGCUGCGAGGAGCCGGACUACCGACUGGCAGUCAUAAACGAAAUGCCCUCCCUUGAAAUUUUUGAUGAGCAUGUCGUGACGAUCCAAGAGAAAGAGAGAGCAAAGGCGCUGAUCGCUGCGGACGUGGCAUCUCUCGCGGUGGCUUUCGGGCGUAGGGCACCACAAUAUGACUUGCUAUGGGGCGAGAAGGUGCCCAAAGUCUCUCCCCUAGAGAGAGAUGCUGGCAAG